AUGCACUGCAAUAGCUACCAGACCGGUAUGUCCGUCAACAAAGUGCCACCAGAGACAUUCUACGUCUUGCCAACCGCACAUUCCCCGAACUCGCGACUCCCCGUCGUCGUAUAUCGAAAUGCACUGAACAACCCAAGCUUCGAAAGCAUCUGCGCCGCCAUGCAAACGAAAGACUGGGUGGAAGGAGGGCAUUGGACCAUUGCCAAAGUCGAGGGUGCAGCAGUUCCGCACUUCCACUCAAAUGCCCAUGAAUGCUACGGGGUCAUCAGAGGAACCGGCCAUUAUCUCCUCGGGAAGUCUCCGAUCGAUCCAGACGUCGAUAGCAAUGGCCAGCCGGUGGGAGUGAAAUUCACCGCGAACGCUGGCGACGUUUUCAUAUACCCUGCCGGUGUUACGCAUUUUGUGACGCAAACGGAAGGAGAUUAUGAGAUUAGCGAGUUCAACUCCGACGAGCAUCCAUGGGACUUGAACGAUGCCGAUAAAUCGGUGGAAGGGACCAACGAGGACCGCAAGAGAUGUGAAAGAGUGCCCAUUCCCGAGAGGGAUCCGUUGUAUGGACCUGGGGGGCCUCUUCCAGAGCUGUGGAAAGCCAUAACCGCAUCCUGGUCCUGA